GACUCCUGGUGCGUCCAAAAUGCAGGCCACUAUUUUAGUGUGUUGCUACGUUGUCUGCAUCGGCUGCACAGUCGGUGCUCUAGUCGGAGAAUCACAAAAAACACAAGACGAAUGCGACGGCAAAAUAACUUUGAACGAUGAAACGAUCUCAACACAACAAUUGGAGGCUCGUAAGUGGCUGAACUUGUACGAGACGGAGUAUCUCCCGCUCUGCUUAGAAGCGACAGAAGCAGCCUGGGAACAAGCAAGCAACAUUACUGACUACAACUCCAUGAAAAAUGCCGAGGCAUCACAAAAAAUGGUUAAGUUUACCGGCAACAAGGGUCGCGAAGCCCAAAAAUUUGCAUGGAAGCAGUUUAAAGAUCCGGAGUUGAAACGUAUUUUCAAAUCACUUAGUAAUUUGGGCGUCGCCGCAUUACCGCAAGAAAAAACUGCAGAGAUGAUAAGACUGAGGCAGGAGAUGGAAUCAAAUCACGCGAAAACAAAGGUUUGCCCUUAUCGAAAGCCAAAUGAGCCGCCCGCUAGCCCAGAAGAAUGUACUUUAGGGCUUGAGCCCGAAAUAAAAGAAAUCCUUGAGCAAUCACAAGACUAUGAUGAGCUUCUUCAUGUAUGGUCACAGUUCCGUGACAAAGCAGGUAAACCUGUCAAGAACAAAUGGUUGAAGGUUGCAAGCAUACUAAACGAAGGUUCACGGGCCAACGGCAGGAAGGACUACACCGAGGAUUUACUUGAGACGUAUUACGAACAGUCGCCCAAUUUUGAAAAAGACCUCGAGGAUCUGUGGAUUACGUUGAAACCGCUGUAUCAACAACUGCAUGCUUAUGUUAGAAGUAAAUUAAUUAUCAUGUACCCUGGAAAAAUUAAGGAAGAUGGGCCUAUUCCUGCUCAUCUUGUCGGUCACAUUCAUGCGCAACACAUCUCAAUCAAAGGUUUGGAACCAUUUAAGGGUCGACCCACAGUAGACGUAACCGACGCAAUGGUAAGAAAAGGCAUGAAACCGCGCGAUUUGUUUAAAUUGUCGGAAGAGUUUUUUAAUUCGCUUGGCCUUAAACCUAUGACAGACGAGUUCUGGAAUCGUUCUCUUCUCGAAAAGCCCAGCGAUGGCCGAGAACUGGUGUGCCAUGCGAGUGCAUGGGACGGUUGUGGUACAAACCUGGUUCGUAUCAAGCAAUGUACGCGAGUGAAAAUGUCAGACCUAAUAGUAGCACACCACGAGAUGGGGCAUAUUGAGUAUUAUUUGCAAUAUCAAAAAUUGCCAUCAUACUACCAAUCAGGCGCGAAUCCAGGCUUUCAUGAGGCCGUAGGUGAUACGUUGGCACUAUCAGUGUCUACACCAAAACAUUUGCAGGCUAUAAACUUACUUGAAGAAAGCGAAAUGACUGAAGAAGAUACUCUUAACUACCUAAUGAGCAUUGCACUCGACAAGAUAGCCAUAUUACCUUCGGCAUAUUUCUUCGAUAAUUGGAGAUGGAACGUUUACCGAGGCAAUUAUGCAGCGGAGAGAUUAAAUGACGAAUGGUGGAAACUACAGCUCGAGUAUGCCGGUUACUGCCCGGCAGUUCGUCGCAGCAAGGAUGAUUUUGAUCCCGCUUCGAAAUAUCACAUUUCCUCUGGAACGCCAUAUAUUCGAUACUUUGUAGCCAAUAUUCUGCAGUUUCAGUUCUACGAAGCACUGUGUGACGCAGCAGGCCAUCGCGGAUUGUUGCACGAAUGCGAUUUUUAUCGGUCGAAAGAGGCAGGUAAGCUGAUGGGAGAUAUGCUUGCGCUCGGUUCGUCCAAGCCUUGGCCUGAGGCACUCAAAGCGAUCACGAACGGAAAAACAGGUAAAAUGGACGCUCGGCCCAUUCUACGGUAUUUCCAACCACUAUAUGACUGGCUUAUCAAAUAUAACAUGGGCAAACCUGUAGGUUGGACAUCGCCCGAUCCCAAUAUCUGUCCGAAGCCAUGACUGCCCUCUGGCUACGGAAAGACAAUUUUCAAAACGCACUCAUGUCUCAAGACACGUUUGUGUAAGGUUGCAGGCUUAAUAAUGCAGUACAUUUAUCCUCAAAAAGCAGCAGAUGUUGUUUGAGUUGUAAAAUUAAAUACACAGAGGCGCCGGUCGUGUACAUAAUUCAUAAUUUAAGUGGUCAACUAAUAAAAUAGUCAGUGUAUAAAGCUAAUUGGAGCUACACGGCACACGCGUAGGCAAAGAUAAAUGCUAAAGUAAAUAAAUAGUAUUUUGAUGAAAUAUUCAUUAUAUAGAUCUUUUAGAUUAUAUAUUAUAAGUACAUUUGGUCUCGAAGAGCUCAAUUUUUCCGCGAAUUUUAUGGAUUCCCAACUAAGUUAGAUGUUUUAAAAUCACUUCUGAGAUCGUGCCAAAGCGCAAACAAUGAAAAUAUCUAAUUAGUUAAACCCAGUAUGUGCAACCUGUUGUAUAGUUUAAAAUCAACAGCCUUGCAUAGGUCAACAAUCGAUGGCCUUACAAUACUGUCCUUUAUUACCUGGAAUAAUAUUACAGCGAGCAGCAGCUUUUAACUUGUUACAUACUUUCUUAAUUGCUAAAAUGUUCCCUCUCAGAUACGGUGGUCAUACUUGGGAACUAUAUGACAUCCUCCAUAUUAUUAUGGAUGAAACAUUGAAGCAUUUAUUGUACAACUAUACGUACUUCAUCAAAAGCGAACAUUUUUAUUUCGAAUAAAAAAAUGGUUCAUUUGCUUGUGUAUCUUAAUUUUGAUUUCAUCAUAAAAUAAUCAUGUAAAGUAUAAUAAAUAAAAAUAUUUUUGUCUUUUUGACUGAAUUUCAAAUCAAUUCGGCAUAGUUGUGGCUGAAUCUCGGUUAUGCAGAGACUAACCUCAUUCUUUGAAUUCCGUGUCAUCAUGGGUUCGUUGACAUAAAAUUUUAACUCGAAAAAAUCUUGAAGAAAGAAGCGCAAAAACAUAAAUUGUACGAUCCAAACAGUCAAUUUCGUAGCCCAAACAAGAUACUGCGCGACGAAGGAAUGUCUCGAUCUCUAAAGGCAUUGUUUUAAGUGAUGUGUGGCAAGCAGAACUAUUCUCUUGAAACAUAUCUUUGAGAUUCAUAUCAGGCACUCAAAGGACAAAAAACUAGAAAAUCAUGCCCCAAUACCGCCUACCAUUAAUUGUUCAUGUGUUUCUGGUAGCAUGUUCGAAGAAAAACGGCUUAAUAGCACUUCAUAGCCAAAAUUCAAACAGAGUGGCACGGUUAAGAGUAAAUUUCCUUCAACGAAACACAGAUGCGACAAUUUUGCUUGUUUACAAAGCCAUCGACAUGGAAGUGGGUUUUAUCACUGAAGAUUCUUCGGUUGGAAAAAUCACUCAUUUACUUGUUGUUAUUUUUGUUCAGUUACUAGCACUUUCUUCGCUUUGUGUGGCCUGUAUAUUGAGGUUUUGAGUUAUUUGUAUUUUGGAAGUAUGAAGAUGUAAAUUUGCUUCGAGAACACGCUGCAUAGUUCUUCUUACAUGUUGCAUUUUUGAGCACGAUAUCAAAUGGAUGUUCCUGAACUCGCUCCUACAAUCUUGCAAACAGCCAUGAUAUUUUUUGCUAAACAAGCCAAUAAAUCGACCCAGCCUGUUCGAAUCUUUCGAUUAUUCUUUUUGCAUUUGAAAUACUUUAUCUACCAAAAAUUAAACGUAACUUUUAGGUCGUAGCAGUUAAGCUUUCACUCAUAUGAAAUAAUGUUGAACAAUAGGAAUGUGCUGUUGUGCCAUAAUGGCUCGACCGUCGAAGUAUAGCAGAAGAACGGUGCUGUAUCAGAAUUAUCCACUCUUGUAUAUACAUAUGCAUGCUUUUAUGCCAAAUGAUUCGCCCCAAGUGGUCCUAAAUAUGAUCUUAUGUUAUAUUUAUUACCCACCUCCUUCCUCCCACCAAGUUAUUGUACCUUCACUAUAAUUUCAGUACUAACGAACAAAAGAAACAUGAGGUAUUUUGAAUAUCUGAGAAAUAGUAAUACAUAAUUAAUUUGCUUAGUUAGCUGUGAGGGUGAUAAAAUAACAGUCGAGCUACUAUAUUACGUAAGUACCUAACAAAGCUCUUUGGCGCAUAAUUGACGUCUAUGAAAGAGUUUUUAAAUUUAAUACUAUUCCGACAUAUUUGGAGCGAAUAUUAGUAAAUCGUUAGUGCUGUAUUAAUAGGAAAUGCUUUCAAUUACUAAUUUUUUUAAUAAUCGACCUACAGAAAUAUUUGCAAUUUGCAAAGAUUUUCCGUUGUUCGAUGUAGAAAUCGCCAGGUCGGCUUUGUCGAAACCGGCUAGCUGCAACUUCGAGCUGCUUCGAAUAUCCGUCGUCUGUACAUGGCACCCACCUACGUAUCAGUGGCAUUAAACAGUUGCCCUCUUUAUUAUCGAGCUCGACGGUGGAAGAUUUUGCCAGUUAUAUUCUUGCAGCUAUAGAGCUCCCAGGGUGCUUCUCUCGGCAGCCAAACCAUAACUGCUGUGUUUAACGCUCGCGUGGAUAGAUCUGACUGAAAUUGCACAUCAGCGCUCCCAAACAGAUUGCGGAUUGUGGCGCGGGAUUAUCAAACAAAGCUUGAUACAGAUAUUUGAGAGACACGCCGGUAGUGCGGCUAUUGAUGUAUUAGAGACAAAUGCUACACCAGAUCAAUUUAGUUUCCUUGAAUGGAAUAAGCUAUACGAACAUAUAUGAACGGACAUUUUUAUUGACACAAAUCACGUGGUGCCAGUAGCAUUGUCCCUGACUGUUAGUGAUCAAGUCGUGCAGCAUCGUCUGGGGAUCAGAAAGCAUCCUAAAGAGCACAUGGAAGUAGUCUAAGCACCUCAUGCCAUUUAGAUAAAGGACUACGUGCAUUACCUCGUCAAAGUUCUACAGUCAUUUGUCCGAUUCGCUACGCCCAGCAAACAUAUACUUCGGUUCGACAAUUUCUGUUGCCUUGCACGAAGAGUCUACAACGCUUUUAAAGCAAAUAAAACCUGCGGCUUGCUUUGAUAGAUAUUUACAAGUAAACCUAGUGGUGCUUUGUACACUCACACAUACAAAUAUUUAAAUAGAUAUAUAUGCACGUACACUUAUUUCUCUUUGACUUACUCGGAGCAUUCAUUGCAUUAAUUAUUACCAUAGAAAAGCUUAUUAAAUAGCUUUUGCAGCACUGUUAACAUCCUUUUAAAUCUAUUUAUUACUAAUUCCUAAUUCAUGCUGCCGGAGGAAACAGAUGGUCACUUAUUAUUUAUAGGUAACCAAAAAUAAAACUGGUCGGGCAUUAGGUGUGGGCUGAUGAGGUCAUGCUUCUCGAUGAUGCAGUUGUAGAACGCAUAGCAUUACCUUGCAGAAGAUCGGUGUUUGGCUAGGAUGCUUUUUGAUAAGGUGACGACAAGGGUAGAAAAAAUAGGGAACCUCAAGCGGAAAGAGGGUAUCGAUAUUAAGUAGCCUUUGACAAGGUCUGUCAUUAAUGAUGCAAGGGUCAGCUGUCUGUCUCGGCAGCAAUAACAAACUCUACGAGAUGUUUCCGUAUCUUCCUAUUGAAGUAUUUAACGGUAAUUGUUCGGAGGCCACUGCGAUUAUCAAUCGGUGACUUGAGAUCCUUAAGAUGCUUAAGAUUGUAUUGUAUCUGUAUAAAUUCAGAAUUAGUCCGUUCAGCUAGGCUAUUAUUCCUUCCGUUCCAUCCCGGAAGAGUUAAUCCUUCUAACAUAACCUUAGUCGCAAAAGCCGUGCGCUUCACGAUAUCAUCGUAUGUCUUCUAGAAACCAUCAUGGUUAAGUUUUAAUACAGGAUCUUUGAGAAGAAUAUGGGAUAUAUCCGACGUCGUAGUCUUACGAAGCACUAUUAACCAAUUCAGUCAAUUUGAAAAUAGACAACGUAGAGUAGGCGAAAUCAGUUGAGUAAGAGAUUGCAGCGUUCAAAGGUAGAAUCAUAAUACAACAAGAUUACGGGCAGCUAAGUUAGCGGACGUGGGUGAGGAUGGGAAGCGGGUCGUGCGCCGGGACCUUAAAGUUAAAAAUUCAAAGCUAAAAAAGUUAAAAGUCUAUGCCAAUAGGUAUCGUAUUGGCGUACUAGUGAUAAGAGGUUGAGGAGCCUGAAAAUUUGCGUCACAAGAACCUAGGAUAAGUUCUGAUGCUGAAAAGUUCAAAAUUGAUGGUGUAGAUGUCAGGUCCGAACCAAACUAGCGCCUCGAAUAGGAGUAGCGGCACGAGCCAGCGUUAGAAUAGUUGUCUAUAGAUGAGCUGGAACAAGCAUCAUCACUAGUUGUGCUGUGGGCUGAUUGGGAAGCGCUACGGUUGAUAUUUAAUAUUCCAAAUCUUUUUGAGACUGGCUAGAAUUACGGCAUCAAAAGGUGAUAUUAAAAGCAUUUAAGUCAACACUAUUCCUCUGGAAUUGCAAUACGUUACUGAAAUAAUCUGUUGUUUCAGUAACAGAGGCACCACCCAUAUUAUAUUGUUAUAAAUCAAAUU